AUGGCAACCCGUCUCCUCCGAACAAACUUUAUCCGGCGACCUCACUGUUUCUCCUCUUUACGUCCGGUGGGUUCUCCCACCGUGACGGCUUCAACCGCCGCCGUCCCGGAGAUUCUCUCCUUCGGACAACAAGCACCGGAGCCACCUCUCCACCACCCAAAACACAACCAAACUCACCAUGACAUCGAUCUCUCCGACCAAGCACGUCUCUUCGCCUCCGUCCCCACCCCUGAGCUCCUCCGCUCCACCGCCGUGCUGCAUGCGGCGGCGAUAGGUCCAAUGGUGGACGUGGGAUCGUGGGUGAUGAGUUCUAAACUCAUGGACAACGCUUUGACACGUGGCGUGGUUCUUGGCCUUGUGAAACGUACGUUUUAUGACCAUUUCUGCGCCGGUGAAGACGCCGACGCGGCCGCGGAACGUGUGAGGAGUGUUUACGAGGCGACGGGUCUUAAAGGGAUGCUUGUGUACGGCGUUGAACAUGCCGAUGACGCUGCCUCUUGUGAUGAUAACAUGCAACAUUUCCUUCGAACCAUUGAAGCUGCCAAGUCCUUACCAACAUCCCACUUUAGCUCAGUGGUCGUGAAAAUAACUGCGAUAUGUCCCAUCAGUCUUCUAAAACGUGUGAGCGAUUUGCUUCGGUGGGAACACAAGAGUAAGAACUUCAAACUCUCAUGGAAGCUCAAAUCAUUCACGGUUUUCUCGGAGUCUAGUCCUCUCUACCACACAAACUCAGAACCGGAACCUUUAACCGCUGAAGAAGAGCGUGAACUCGAAGCAGCUCACGCAAGGAUCCAAGACAUAUGUCGGAAAUGUCAAGAGUCCAACGUACCGUUGCUGAUUGAUGCUGAAGACACAAUCCUCCAACCAGCGAUAGAUUACAUGGCUUACUCAUCAGCGAUCAUGUUCAAUGGUGACAAAGACAGACCGAUCGUUUACAACACUAUUCAGGCGUACUUGAGAGACGCAGGCGAGAGGUUGCAUUUGGUUGUGCAAGAAGCCGAGAAAGAAAGUGUUCCUAUGGGGUUUAAGUUGGUGAGAGGCGCUUAUAUGUGUAGUGAAGGUAAAUUGGCAGAUUCCUUGGGACACAAGUCACCGAUACAUGAUACACUUCAGAACACGCAUGCUUGCUACAAUGACUGCAUGACCUUCCUAAUGGAGAAAGCCUCGAACGGAUCGGGUUUCGGUGUUGUUCUAGCAACACAUAACGCUGAUUCGGGGAGACUUGCAUCAAGGAAGGCGAGUGAGCUCAAUAUCAAUAAAAAGAACGGGACGAUAGAGUUUGCGCAACUAUAUGGUAUGUCAGAUGCAUUGUCCUUUGGUUUAAAGAGAGCCGGGUUCAAUGUCAGCAAAUACAUGCCGUUUGGACCGGUGGAAACUGCUAUACCGUAUCUUGUCAGACGUGCUUAUGAGAACCGGGGAAUGAUGGCCAGUGGAGCCCUUGACCGUCAACUCUUGAGGUAA